AGGAAUAAAUGCAAGAUGGCUCCUCAUAUAAAAUCAGCCUCCUGGGUUGCUCUUUGUGAACAACAAAAUUUCUCUUUAAUACUUAUCAGAUUAAAGUUCUUAUCUGGGAGUAGUUCUGAAGGUUAAUUCAAGCUUUAAAGUGAUCUAUGGUUGAAAAUUGGCAAUACGUUGCACAAGAAGUUACUGAAGAAACAAGAGGGACUGCUUUGGACCAUGAAUUGGUGAACGCAUUUAGGCUGAAUCCGGGUGGCAAGACGCACCAGCAGGCCCUCUACUACAUGGUUCUCCCUGUUGAAUGCGGAACGCAUAAUAGCAAAUUUAAACUGAAAAUUUCGCCAUGGCCGUAUCUCGGCUUGAUCGUUUGUUCAUCCUGCUGGACACGGGGACAACCCCAGUGACCAGGAAAGCUGCUGCCCAGCAGCUGGGAGAUGUUGUCAAACUCCACCCACAUGAACUUAACAAUCUUUUGGCCAAGGUGUUGACCUACCUGAGGAGUCCAAACUGGGAUACACGCAUUGCAGCAGGUCAGGCUGUGGAAGCCAUAGUGAAGAACAUCCCUGAGUGGAACCCAGCACCCAAACCCAAAGAAGAGUCAUGUGCAGACUUCUCCCCUGAGGACUCCUCACCUGACCGCCUGAGCUUCUACCGGUUUGAUAUGUCCCGGCUGCUGAAGCACGGUGCCUCCCUGCUCGGCUCUGCUGGAGUUGAGUUUGAGGUCCAGGAUGACAAGUCAGGUGAGGUGGAUCCUAAAGAGCGCCUGGCUCGCCAGCGGAAGCUGCUGCAGAGGAAGCUGGGGCUGGACAUGGGCGCCGCGCUGGGCAUGGACACGGAGGAGCUGUUUAACGACGAAGACCUGGAAGACACUUGCACAGCCAAGGCCCCGGGGGCCAAGGCCUCCGCCUGCUCCAGCUCACGGAACCACGUGCCCAUGCAAGCUGCAGAGUUGAUCGACUCAGAGUUUCGACCUGGAAUGAGCAACCGACAGAAAAACAAAGCCAAGCGUAUGGCCAAGCUGGUUGCGAAGCAGCGCUCUAGAGACCUGGAUCCCAAUGAGAAGAGUAAUGACAGUUUUGAGGGGGAACCUGAAGAAAAACGCAGGAAAACGACGAACGUUGUCAUCGACCAACCGGCAACUGAGCACAAAGUCUUAAUUGACAACGUUCCAGAUCAUUCCAGUCACUCCGAUGAGACCCAGGAGUGGCCUCUGGAGAGCUUCUGUGAUGAGCUGUGUAACGACCUCUUCAACCCCUCAUGGGAGGUUCGUCACGGCGCAGGCACGGGCCUGAGGGAGAUACUGAAGAGUCAGGGUGCGGGAGGAGGCAAGCUGGUGGGCUGCACGGCCGAACAGAUGUCCAGGCAGCACCAGGAGUGGCUGGAGGACCUGGUCAUCCGGCUGCUCUGCGUCUUCGCCCUGGACCGCUUCGGCGACUUUGUGUCCGAUGAGGUGGUGGCUCCUGUCCGAGAGACCUGCGCCCAGACCCUGGGCGUGGCGCUGCGUCACAUGACCGACGGCGGCGUGACCAUGACGGUGGACAUCCUGCUGAAGCUGCUGACGGAGGACCAGUGGGAGGUCCGCCACGGCGGCCUGCUGGGCAUCAAGUACGCCCUGGCCGUGCGGCAGGACCUGGUUAAAGCUCUGCUCCCCCGCGUGCUCCCCGCCAUCACCGAGGGCCUGCAGGACCUGGACGACGACGUCCGGGCCGUGGCCGCCGCCUCCCUCAUCCCUGUGGUGGAGGGCUUGGUCCAGCUGCUGCCCAACAAGGUGCCCUUCAUAGUGAACACCCUGUGGGACGCUCUCCUGGAGCUUGAUGACCUGACCGCCUCCACCAACAGUAUUAUGACCCUGCUGUCCUCGCUGCUCACCUACCCUCAGGUCCGGCAGUGCAGCAUGCAGCAGUCACUGACGGUGCUGGUGCCACGAGUCUGGCCCUUCCUGAGACACACCAUCUCAUCCGUCAGACGGGCCGCACUGGAGACACUGUACACACUCCUAUCAAAGGCUGACCAGAGCUGUGCGCUGUGGCUCAACCCCAUCCUGCAAGACAUGCUGCGCCACAUCUUCCAGUCCUGUAUCCUGGAGAGCAAUCAGGAGAUCCUGGACCUCAUCCAGAAGGUGUGGACAGCUCUGCUCCACCAGGCCCCCCAGCAGUAUGUGGUGGCAGCCAGCUGUCCCUGGAUGGGAGCCUGGCUGUGUCUCAUGAUGCAGGCGGCACACAUCCCCAUAGACCUCAACAUGCUGCUGGAAGUCAAGGCUCGCUCCAAGGAGAAGGCUGGAGUGAAGGCCCGCCAGGGAGUCUGUCAGGUGAAGGAGGCCGUCCAGGAGUAUAUCGCGGGGGCGGAGACUGUGGCGGAAGACCCCCUGACGCGGGACUAUGUGGUGACGCGGGCUCGCCUCAUGGCUGCCAAGCUGCUGGGGGGGCUGUGCCAGUGCAUCUCUGACCCGCAGCUCAACGCGUCCUCCCAGGAGAUCCGCCCCGCCGAGUCUCUGGGCCAGCUGCUGCUCUUCCACCUCAACUCCAAGUCUGCCCUGCAGCGCAUCGCCGUGGCUCUGGUGCUGUGUGAGUGGGCCGCUCUGCAGAAGGACUGCCAGGUGGUGUCUGCCAUGGUGCAGCCACGCCUGCUGGCCAUCCUAUCAGAGCAGCUGUACUACGACGAGAUCGCCAUCCCCUUCACGCGCAUGCAGAAUGAGUGCAAGCAGCUCAUCAGCCUGCUGGCCGACACCCACAUCGACGUGGGGGAGCGGCUCAACUGCAGCGUGUUCACCAUCGACCAGGCCAACGAGCUGGUGACCACCAUCUUCACCGAGUCCACCGUGGGCCUCAACCUGCACUCCAAGCAGUGGCAGCCCCUGGACGGCAAGCGGCAGCAGGCCCAGGCCACGGUGGGCGAGACCAGCGCCGAGUGGCAGCAGCUGCACCUGCGGGUGCACAUGUUCACCGCCUGCGCCCUCGUCAACCUCCGGGCGCUGCCCGACAAGCUGAACCCGCUGGUGCGGCCCCUGAUGGAGGCGGCCAAGCGCGAGGAGAACACGCUGGUCCAGGGCUACGCCGCCUCCUUCAUCGCCAAGCUGCUGCGGCAGUGCGCCGGGCGACAGCCCUGCCCCAACCCCAAGAUCCUCAAGAACCUGUGUGCCUCGGUGUGUGUCGACCCCCUGCUCACGCCCUCCUCCGCCUGCCCCGUGCCCGCCAACCUGGAGGCGGCCAAAGCUGGUGCCUCUGAAAAAGACUGCUCUCAUCACAUGGUGAACAAGACCAAAGGCAUCAUUACCCUGUACCGCCUCCAGAGGGCAGCCUUCGCCAUCACUAGCAAGAGAGGCCCCGCCCCCAGGAACCCCAAGACCCCCACCACCGAACUCCCCCCUGGCAGUACAAUUACCACGGAAACAGACGAGAGUAAGAAGCCGUGUUUGGUUCAGAGGAGAGGGGCUGAGUUCUCCUUGACGACGGUAGCCAGGCACUUUGGCCCCGAGCUGACCAGCUCCCUGCCCUACCUGUGGGAGACCAUGGUGGGGCCUCUCAGGGCAGUGGUGGACGACGACCAAGGCAUCGAUGUCCAGGUCCAGUUGGAGCGAGGAGAUGCUGCCGCCCAGGAGCUGGUCAACUCUCUGCAGGUUCUAGAGGUCACGGCAGGGGCCAUGGCUCUCCAACUCAAACCCCUGCUGUUGGAGCACCUGCCGCACCUGUUCACCUGCCUGCAGCACCCCUACACGGCCACGCGUCACAUGGCGGCGCGCUGCGUGGGCGUGCUCAGCAAGAUCGCCACCCUGGAAACCAUGAACCUGUUCCUGGAGCGCGUGCUGCCGUGGCUGGCCGACAUCGAGGACUGCACCAAGCAGGAGGGCGCCAUCGAGGCCAUGGCCUGUGUGAUGGAGCAGCUUGACGUGGACAUCGUGCCCUACAUCGUGCUGCUGGUGGUGCCCGUGCUGGGCAGGAUGAGCGACCCCAGCGACAGCGUCCGCUUCAUGGCCACGCAGUGCUUCGCCACGCUCAUCCGCCUGCUGCCCCUGGAGGCGGGCAUACCAGACCCUCCGGCGAUGUCGGCUGAUCUGAUUCGCCAGAAGGCCAGAGAGCGCCACUUCCUGGAGCAGCUGCUGGAUGCCAGGAAGUUGGAGAACUACAAGAUCCCUGUCCCAAUCAAGGCCGAACUCAGGAAGUAUCAACAGGACGGGGUCAACUGGCUGUCCUUCCUCAACAAGUACAAGCUGCAUGGCAUUCUGUGUGACGACAUGGGCCUAGGCAAGACCCUGCAGUCCAUCUGCAUCCUGGCUGGGGACCAUUACCUCAGGACACAAGAGUAUGCCAAGACCAAGGCGCCUGACAGCAACCCCCUCCCGUCCCUGGUGGUCUGCCCCCCCACGCUCACGGGCCACUGGGUAGAUGAGGUGGGCAAGUUCUGCACUAGAGAGUUCCUCAACCCCCUUCACUACACCGGACCCCCCACCGAGAGAGCCCGGUUGCAACACCAGGUGAAAAAGCAUAACCUUAUAGUAGCUUCUUACGAUGUUGUAAGGAACGAUAUUGACUUUUUUAGGAAUAUCAAAUUCAAUUACUGUAUCCUGGAUGAGGGUCAUGUGAUCAAGAAUGGGAAGACCAAGCUUUCCAAGGCCAUCAAACAGCUGGCUGCCAACUUCCGGAUCAUUCUCUCAGGAACACCCAUCCAGAAUAAUGUUCUGGAGCUUUGGUCGCUCUUUGACUUCCUCAUGCCGGGCUUCCUGGGUACCGAACGCCAGUUUGCCGCCCGCUACGGCAAGCCUAUCCUGGCCAGUCGCGACGCCAAGAGUUCCUCUCGGGAGCAGGAAGCGGGCGUUCUGGCCAUGGAGGCUCUGCAUCGCCAGGUGCUGCCCUUCCUCCUGAGGAGGAUGAAGGAGGAUGUGCUCCAGGACCUGCCCCCCAAGAUCAUCCAGGACUACUACUGUAACCUCAGCCCUCUGCAGGUUCAGUUGUAUGAAGACUUUGCCAAGUCACGAGCCAAGGUCAGUGUGGAAGACACCAUCUCCACAGCCUCAGUGGAAGAGGUGGAGAAGCCCAAGCUGAAGGCAACUGGACAUGUCUUCCAGGCCCUGCAGUACCUGAGGAAGCUGUGUAACCACCCUGGCCUGGUCCUCACGCCCCAGCACCCCGAGUACAGACGCAUCACAGACCAGCUGGCUGCUCAACACACCAGCCUCCGAGACAUCCAGCACGCUCCCAAACUCUCUGCCCUCAAACAGUUGUUGCUGGACUGUGGGCUGGGGGCCGUGGCCUCUGCAGAGGGGGCUCCGGAGGUGGUGGUGGCCCAGCACCGGGUGCUGAUCUUCUGCCAGCUGAAGAGCAUGCUGGACAUGGUGGAGCAGGACCUGCUGAAGCCCCAGCUACCCAGCGUCACCUACCUGAGGCUGGACGGCAGCGUGCCCGCGGGCAUGCGCCACACCAUCGUCUCCAGGUUCAACAAUGACCCGUCCAUAGACGUGUUGCUCCUCACCACGCAUGUGGGAGGUCUGGGUCUGAACCUGACGGGCGCAGACACCGUGGUGUUUGUGGAGCACGACUGGAACCCCAUGAGGGACCUGCAGGCCAUGGACCGAGCCCACAGGAUAGGACAGAAACGUGUGGUGAAUGUGUACCGACUGAUUACGCGGGGCACAUUGGAGGAGAAGAUCAUGGGCCUACAGAAGUUCAAGAUGAGCAUCGCUAACACGAUCAUCAGUCAGGAGAAUGCCAGCCUACAGAGCAUGGGAACAGACCAGCUCCUCAACCUGUUUACUCUCGACAAGGGGGAGAAGGGGGAGAAGGGUGAGUCUUCGUCAACCUCAGCCAAGGCCUCCAUGAAGUCUGUGUUGGAUGGCCUGGGAGACUUGUGGGACCAGCAGCAGUACGACAACGAGUACGACCUGGACAGCUUCAUGCACUCCCUCCAGUAACCCACACCAUGGGGACUCUACAGGCUCUUUUGGACUUUCAUUGGAUUCCCAGCCCCGUCACACACACACACACACAGCUUGGCUUCUUGUCUCUUGAACCUUCCUCUUCCAAUCCCAGCCAUGUUCAGUGUUGACCCGGCCCCCUACUCUUAACCACGUCACCAGCCCCACAACCCGGUCACGCCGUAUCUUUUUUUUUUCUCCCCUUUUUGGGGGAACAUGGAGGUACUGGAGGGACUGGGUUCCUCCUCCGCCUCGUGGUUUGGCCGUGGUGCAGCCACAUGGGUUCCUCCUCCGCCUCGUGGCCUGGCCGUGGUGCAGCCACAUGGAACACUUUCCCCUACAUCAUGAACCUCCUAAAGAAACCGAAAGUCUUAAAAAGCCCUCCUACACCCACUUCUUGUCUGCUGGAAAACAAUGUGUGUGUGUGAUUUAAAGGGAAAGGGAAUGCGUUGUGGUGAACCCACAGAGCCCUGGGAUGUUUUGUAGCUGGCUACUGAAUUGGGCUGUGGGUUAUAGACAUGCUAAGACUACAAUAAUGGAUGUCCCUCCCAUCCUCUCUGGUGGUUGGCUCUACACAUCCCUGCCCACGCACAGUCACGUGACCCCCCUCGUCACCACAGCGAGAUCUGAUCACUGAAAGCAACGUCUACAGAACCCUUGUGAGAAGUUGUCACUGCACCAAAGCAGCGUUACAGGGACUUCACCUUGGGGCCCAGCCAAACCCGGCACCUUAGACUCCUCGCUUAGUGUUUUAGGAAAAUGCAGACCUGUAAAUAUUUCAGUAAUUGCUGCUUUUUGGUUAAACUGAUUGAAUUUGAAUAAAUUCUUCAGACCUUU